AUGGCCGGACGCGCCGCGCAGACCGCGACCAAGCGAUGGCUCGGCGACAAGGGCACGUGGCCCGUGCUCGUGACCUGCGUCGUCGCCUCGGCGCUCUGCACAGCGCAGUGCGUGCGCUACCUGUCGGGCCACCCGGACGUGAACUGGAACAAGAAGAACCGCCAGGACCUCUUCCGCUACAAAGAGGACGCGGGCGCCGACUGGCAGCUGCACCGCCGCAAGAUCGCAACGAUGCACAAGAACGUCGUCAACGAAGCCAAGGGGCUGAACGAAUAA